AGAGGGAGUGUGGGAUGAUGAGGAAGUGUGCUGUUAAUUGCAUCAUGAUGAUGAUGAUGAUGAUGAUGAUGAUGAUGAUUAGAUUUUUAGGGUUUAGGCCUACACUCCAACCCAGUGGUCUUUAUCAAAUAAUCACUCAAAACAAACGCAUAGUGAGUAUGGUAUGAUGAUGGGAAGGUCUGAAUAGCUGUUUAUUUAUUUAUUUAUUUACUUAUUUAUUGCCCUCCCAAUGAAAAUAUCGGAACGUAAUGUUGAGAUUUAGAUGGCAGAAUACAUUAGGGGAGAGAGACUUAUUUUCAUGCACAGCUGAAAGAGUGCAGCAUUCUGUCAGAGCGUGCAGUCUGAAAAUGGCAAAUCAGAAAAGAAGCAGUGUGCUGCCAUUAUAAGGGUCAUCAAGACAGCCAUCAUCAUCAAGGACACCAUUACAGGAAGGCAUUUAUACAUCAUCAUCAUCAUCAUCAUCAUCAUCAUCAUCAUCUCCUCUUUCUGCCUUUCUCAUCAUCAUCAUCAUCAUCAUCAUCAUCAUCAACCCCUCAUCAUGAUCAGCACAGCCAUUAUAGUCAUCAUCAUUAUCAUUAGGCUGGGUAAUCAUCCACCCAGAGUUCCUUGCAAGCCCCAUAUAAAGGCCGACUCAGGAUCUCGCACUCAUUUCCUCCGUGUGUGAGGAGAGUGCUUCAUGAAGGAGAGAAAGAGAGAGGGCCGUGUUACAGGCAGGCAGCGUGUUCUGUGCUUGCCGUAUUCAGUAUUUGUUUCUUAUCAGGAUUCUGCAACAUCUUUGUCCAACAGUUUCCAGCUGGGUGACGAAGAGAGCUCCUCGUUCAGCCAUCUCAGCAUGGAGAGUGACACCCACGACCUCCGCACCGCUGAGAACGAGCGCGAGGGUGCCAGACCCGAGCCUGCGUUCCCUCACUAUAUCUCCUGCAGGGGCUGCAAUCAGCUCCUCGAUGAGGACGAGCACUCAUGCCUGCGCUGCUCUAAAUGCGAUGGAACCAGCAUAGGUGACAGGAGUGUCCAUGUAGGAGCGCCUUCUUUGCACAAAGGGCCAGAUGGAGAGGGAGCAGGAACCGAGAACGGCCAGCAGAAGCUGAACUCUUGUCCGCUCUGUGGCUUCUCAUCGCGUUACACCAACCACGUAAAGAGACACAUGAAGACGCACAACGGCGAGAAGCCAUACCGCUGCUCGCUCUGCACCUACGCCUCUGCGCAGCUCGUCAACCUGCAGCGCCAUUUACGCAUCCACACAGGAGAAAAACCCUACAAGUGUGAGCACUGCACGUUCGCCUGCAGCUCACUGGGCAACCUAAAGAGGCACCAGCGCAUGCACACAGUUGCAAGUCCUGCUCACAAUACACAACAGCGAAUGCACACUGCCAUUAAUCCAGGCCAAAAUACACACCAGAGUAUGCACAUGGUCACAAGUCCUGCACAGAAUUCGCAGCGCAUGAUGAGUGGCCAUAGCCUUCGAGGUCCUGUUGGAUGCCAGAGCAUAAAAGAGGACGCUCCACGUGCCUCGAGAGAAGUGCUUCAGUCCUCAGAAAUGAAAGGGAACUUGAGCAUCGGCAGUGACAGCGGAUAUCUCAAGGCCUUUGCGAGGCUGAAGUCAGAGCAGCAGCCAUGCACCCGAGCCCAGCCUGGCGUCCUGCCUCCUCUGCUCUUCCCUUUCACGUGCAGGCUGUGUGGCCUGGUGCUGGAUGGCGAGGACGGGUCGUCAGCGCAGAUCUGUGCCAAGUGCACCUUGGAAAUGCUGACUAAAGAUGCAGCCGGCAGCGCCAGUGAGCGGGGACACAGAGGGGACAGGGUGUACACAUGUGCCGCCUGCCCUUUCCUCACACACUACCCCAACCACCUGGCCCGGCACAUGAAGACGCACAGCGGUGAGAAGCCCUACAAGUGCCCACAGUGCCCUUACGCCUCGGCCCACUUCGACAACCUGAAGCGGCACCAUCGCGUGCACACAGGCGAGAAACCCUACAAGUGCCACCUGUGCGACUACGCCUGUGGCAAUCUGGCAAACCUGAAGCGGCACCAGCGAGUUCACUCGGGUGCCAAACCUUUCCAAUGCAGCGUGUGCAGCUACAGCUGCAACCAGAGCAUGAACCUGAAGAGGCACAUGCUGCGUCACACGGGCGAGAAGCCACACAAGUGCCACAUGUGCACGUACACCACAGGCCAUUGGGACAACUACAAACGGCAUCAGAAGAAACACGGGAUAGGAACAGACGAUUGGGAUAAAGUGCCGCUGCCGGCCAAUGAGGAAGAGGCAGAGAUUGAUGAGGAGGAGGAGGAGGAGGAGGAGGCGUAACCUAGCAACACAAGGAACAAUUGUAGUAUGAGAAGAUAUUUAAAUCUGAGAUGAAGUGUUACAGUACCAGCAUAAGCUUAGUUCUUGUUUAUAUUUUUUUUUCAUGUUUAUGAAUAGUUUCAAGCUGCUAAACAGACAGGACAAAUAAAACUGUUUCCCUUCCCUUUGUGUAGGGUUGAAUGGAUAAAGAAAGACUCUGGAUACACAGAAUGCCCUCGCUUCAUCAGUGCCAUACAGACAUUUUGUAAUGCUACCUAGAUGAAAUCCAAUUUCUCCUUCAUUGUAUAUCUUGCACGGACAUUCAUCGAUCCGCAGCACCACAGAGCUGUACGUACUUCCUAACUGAACCCGCUGUGGAUUCUCUGAGGCCUUUGCUGCUCAAAAAAAAAACACACAUCGGUGUUAUUCUUCACUACAUCUCUUUCCAGUGCCAAAACUUUCGAGUCCUAACCACUGCAGCAACUGUUGCAACUCUUCAAAACGUCACUUGAUUUCCUGGAGACAGUGUUGCUCCUUGGUUGUAUGUCUUAACUGUGAAAUUUUGUCUGUUGUUAAAACUAGUAUAUAGUAAGUUAGUAUGUCAUGAUUCAUUUAUGUAAAGCACUUAUUUUUGUAUGUGUUUGUUUUAAAAAAAAAAAAAAAAAAAAAAAGAAUGUUUGGCAUGCAUUUGCCAUCAGUGGCAUUAACUUAAAGAAAAGGGACCAUGACUUUCCAUAUGCAGUUUAUAACCUUCAGGUUGCCAAGAAACGAUCGAGACGGAUUCCUUUUCAAUGUGUGGUGCUUAAGUGCUCUCUUGUAAUUAUGCAGUCGUUUCAUAAUUGCCUUAAAUAUCCUGGAAUAAAGUACUCUGUGGUGA